CCUUAUGAAUUUGCUACGAAAAGUAUACUUGGUUUCUAAAAAUGCAAGACUAUCAAAUAAAGAAUAAUCUAAUCACUGCAGAUAGCAUAAAAAACAUGACAGUCAAUAACUACCCUCAAGAUGUAUUCCGCCAAAAGAACUUCAUGAACGGCCUUAAGAAUGCUCGGAACCUCUUGAAAGACCUACAAGAAAGCCUGGAAGAGACGAGGAAAUGCGAGAAUGAACUGAUGCGAUGUAGGAGCACGCAUGUCCACGAACACAAAAACCACAUAAUAAAUGAGUGGUUGAGCGAUCAUGAACAUGAAGAAACCCAUAAGACAUGGCAAUCAUCAGGUUCUGAAACGCAAGACCAUGGAGCCAUAGAAUCUUGGUCGACCAUGAGCAUUGUCUGUCUACAAUAUCAAUACGAAGAACUAGCAAAGCGCUACAAAUCCCUGCUCUGCCAAUAUUCGUCUUGCUGCGAGGCCGACAAUGCUAAGAAUACGGAGGUAGCACGACUACAGGCGCUUGCCAACUCCACUCAUGCGCAACUCAUGGACGCUCAUACGAUGCUUUUAGCUGUUGGGGAGAAAUACAUGUCGCUGAGGGAAAGGAAGCUUGCUAUGCAGAAACACGCAUACUCCAUAAAAGUACACCAACUGAAGAGAACAGUGAAGGGGUUGAUAGCAGCAGCGGACCGAGCGAGACGCGAACUCGACUCAAGUCUGAAGAAAGCGAUGAAGACUGAACGGCAUGGGGCAGCUGCCAUGUUGCUUGUUGAGAUUCAAAAAUGCAACAAUCUAAGCUUAGAAAAUCUUCGCUUAAAGGCUCAAGCUCAAGAUCUAAUACCACGAAAGGAUACUUUUUAUUAGAAUUUUAUUUAGUAGCCACCUAUUAUUUAUAAUACGAAUAUACCUAAUUUUUAAGAAUUAAACAAGGUUUGUUAUCGUUGAUUAAAAUAUAUCUUUUUACAAAUUUCACAAAUAAAACUAGAAAGUUUUUAAAUAUAUUAUUGGAUGUUUCAUUGGACAUAGAAAAAUGUUUUGUCUGGUUCCAAAAAAAAGAAUCAACUCUUCGUAUGCCCUUUUGUCAAAAUAUGCCACUGAAUUAAUAACCUCGAAUCUGUAAAUUUCAGUCCUAAUUGUCUGGGACAACUCGUACGAAAGAUUAAUUCCUAAUUAUGAAAAUUUACGUUUACGUUAAAUUUUUCAAUUUAAAACCAUCAUUAAUGCUACACUAAACUCGAGGUAG